AUCUAAACCACUAUGUUGCUCCAGCUCAGGUUCAAACAUAGCUUACCAUGCAUCCUUCUGGGACUUCUGGGUGCUGAGCAGGCUGCCGCGGUGGGAACAUUCAAGGUGCCUUUCAAGUCAAGCAUAGUUCCCUCAAAGUUAGGCUCGGACGAUCCAUCUACCUCGACUCAGAAUCCUGGUCUAAAGGUUGUCACUUCUGUCCACGCCGGUGACGAUCAAACAUUCUCCGAUGUUUUGAUUGACACCGGAAGUGGUAUUCUUUGGGUCGGAGGGCAGGCGUCCGAAUCUUACACCCCAGGACCGUAUACUCGCCCCCUGAACACCUCUUUCAGCAUCGGAUAUGGUACAGGCGGUGCCUCCGGUACCGCAUACCUCGAUCGCGUCACGGUUGGCGGAGCGACCGUCUCGUCCCAGAUCAUCGGUGCCGCUAACUUCACAGAGGGCUUCACACUUAUCGAGCCCAUCAACGGCAUCUUGGGGCUCUCCCCUCCCGGCUCGAACAAGGGCGAAGUGAUAGGUUAUAACACAACGCCCACGUUUGUGGAGAACCUGUACUCUGAGGGCGUCAUCGAUAAUCCCAUCUGGGGCAUGUACGUGGCCCCGCUUGGCGAAGACGGCGUGGCGGAGGGUUCGGGCGAGAUAACAUUUGGCGGAGUGGACGAGAGUCGUAUCACUGGCGAGGUUGUUUGGCUAGACAACGUCCCCGACGACACGAAGUAUUAUAACUGCAACGCAUCCAGUCUUUACUGGAACAACGAGCUCCUCGCCCCCGGUCCUCUGUAUGCCCAAACAGAUGUCGGUGUACUGUUUUUGGAACUCCCUACUUACGCGUUCUUCAGCAUAUACGAUAGCAUACCCGGAGCCACUAUCGACAGCUAUUCUGCUCUCGAAGGCUCGCUGGUCCUCCCGAAUAACCUGACCCUUGACUCCCUUCCAGACCUCAUUAUCGGCGUCGCUAGUUUGAAUUUCACGUUCCCAGCGUCGAAAUACGCGGUGCCGAGGAACCUAUACAGCGCCCUAAACAUCACCGACGAUGCAAUACACACUUGGUUGGGUCCGAAUGGCAUUGGCUCGUUCGCAUUCGGUCAGAAGUUCCUGGAGAAUGCCUACACCGUAUAUGAUUGUACGUAUGCAAUACUCGAGAAGCUCACAUUUUCGCUCACGAGACUCUUGUCAACCAACUCCUCAGUCGAAAGCCGCAAGCUCGGGUUUGCCAACCUCGCAUAAACCGGCUAAACCUAUCGUGUACAUAACAAGAUGUCUAUUGUUUGGACAAGUCGUAAUGUGCUCGACACAUGCAUAAUAUACACUCCGCGGACAUAUCGUUCUACAAUGCUGUGACAAGUUUGUGUGUCUGAGUCGGAAUACGAUUGUACAGCGAAGGGGGCAUGUUCAAUCACUGCUUAGCCUUCUGCUGCAGUC